AUGUCUUCAACUGCAGGAACGGUCCUCUUGACAGGAGGCACUGGCAAAGUAGGCCUGUGUAUCGCCAAGCUAUGCCAGACCUCGUCCACGCCCUAUCUCGUUGCCUCGCGGUCCUCGUCCUCAGCCACUGCCUCGACCCCUCACCCAACUGUGAAGUUUGACUGGCUCGACCGCACGACAUGGUCGAAUCCCUUUAUCACGGCCACCAAGACCUCGCCCAUAACAGCGAUAUAUCUCAUCUCGCCACCAAUCUUUGAGGCCAGCACCAUCAUGAAUGACUUCAUUAACCUCGCCAGGGAGCAGUACGGAGUGAAGCGAUUUGUACUACAGAGCGCCACCUCAAUCGAAGCCGGCGGGCCUGUCUUCGGCGGGACCGUGAAGUACCUGCAGGAGCUGGAGGCUGCAGGAAAGGUCGGUUUCGGGAUAAUGAGGCCGACCUGGUUCAUGGACAACUGGGCGGAGCAGAGCCUCCAGAAGACAGUCAGGGACGAGGGUAAGGCCUACUCGGCUUCCGGGAGCGGCAAGAUACCCUGGAUCUCCAAGACGGACAUCGCGGCGUGUGCAUUCUCCGCGCUGACGGCCGAGGCACCGCCUAAUGGUGACUAUAUUAUAUUGGGGCCCGAGCUGCUCUCUUAUGCAGAGUGUGCGGAUAUUCUCAGCGAAGUGGUCGGCAAGAAGAUCGUGCAUGUCGACCUUAGCGUAGAGGAGCUGGCCGAGCACCAUGUCAAAAACAGCGGAAUGGCCGAAGAAUAUGCGCAGGUUCUAGCGGCCAUGGACACCCCGAUCAAGAACGGAUCGGAGGAGAAGACAAACGAUGUGGUUCUCAGCGUGACCGGUAGGAAACCGAAGACAUUCAGGGAGUUCGCGGUGGAGAAUAAGUCGAUUUGGCUAUGA